CAUUUUAGAGCAAAGAAGACGUAUGAGACGUCUGAGCAGCCAUGCCAAACGGACGCUCUGUUGUAAAGGCUGGACCUUGAAGAUGAUCAGUGAGAGGAUGUAAUGACGGGACAUUUUGACAUACUGCCAAGGGAGGAAGGAGCGCUGCUGCAGGCAGAGCAGUAUAAAAGAUCUGAGGAGUGUGUUCAAGCACACAGAAGAGGAGUAGAGACGUGAAAAGAGAAACGAGACAAGGAAAUACCAGUCACAAGGAGGUGAAGUUGUGCUGCUGGUUCCUAUCCUCUUCUUAGCUACUGGUGUCAAUCCACAAGAGUUAAAAAUUCUAUACAAAAGCCGAUUGUGAAAAUGCCACUGAAGCUGCUCCUGUUCUUCGUGGGAAUCAGCCAAGCUACAGUUUUUUCAAGUCAAGGACUAUGGAAAAGUGAAGAUUUCAGCACAUCUUUCACCCGCUCACAUGACAACUACGAAUGGACCACAUGGUUCAAUGUGGACCACCCAGGAGGCCGCGGAGACUACGAGCAGCUGGACGCCAUUCGCUAUUACUAUCGGGCUCGAGUGUGUGAGACCCCUCGGGCACUGGAGGCCAGAACCACUGAUUGGGUCCCAGCCCGAGAAACUGGAGAAAAAGUGCAUGCAGACCUGACUGUGGGUUUCUGGUGCCUCAAUGAGGAGCAAGGUUCAGGACGAAACUGCUCCAACUAUGCAGUUCGAUUCCUUUGUCCCAAAGGUAACAGUCUAGUAUUUCAGAGUAUUUGGAGUCAGUGGUCAGACUGGGGCCCAUGUUCUGCCCUGUGUGGUCAAGUUGGGGUUCAAAUUCGCUCCAGAAGCUGCAGUUCUCACUCAAUGCUUUGCAAUGGACCAAGGGAAGAAAAGAAAGAAUGUCAUGGGCCUGAGUGUCUGACAGAGUGCUCCCUACAUUGUGUGAUGGGGAGGGUAAAUGCUGAGUGUGAUAGAUGCAUGUGUGAAGAACACAUCCUGCUGGGCUCCGUCCGUGGUUCUGGGGGCCUCAUUGGUGAAGGGGCUGCAAUACUUGUCUCCCAAAAACUCCUAACGCUCACAGACCACAACGGACACUUCCGGAUCCCCGGGCUCUGCCCUGAUGGCAACACCACAGUGACAAUCAGACUUCAAGGCCACGCAAGCCUUAGUGUUAUCGUACCCAAGAGCUCUGAGCGUACCACAGUACUCAGCGUACAGCUUAAAAGAUCAGAGAAGCUUCAUGUGUUGAGCAAUCCUGAGAGCAAAGCAAGGAGGGAGGGACAAACUGUUGCAUUCUGCUGCAAUGUGGAUGGAAAACCAGAGCCAGACAAGUAUCAAUGGUUCCACAACAACAGCCUCCUAGAAAGGAAAUUUGAGAGCACCUUGGUUAUUAAAGAUCUGCAACCUGAACAAGCUGGAGAGUACUACUGCAGGGCAAGUGGCCAAUCUGGGGCUAUUAAGACCAAAUCAGCCACACUCAAAAUCAUUGGCAAAAAUAGCCCUUCAUGCAACCCCACGCCUGAAUCUCAUCUCAUACGUCUUCCACAUGACUGCCACCAAAACAGCACAGACUCCUUUUACUACGAUGUGGGCAAAUGCCCCUCCAGCACAUGCGUUGGACAAUUGGACAAUGGUAUUAGAUGCAAAGACAAAGUGUCUUACUGCUGUGGUGUGGCAAAAAUGGAGGAAAGGCACUUGACAUGCCAGGGCUACCAGCUACCCGUAAUGGUGGUCAGUGAAUGCGGCUGUCAGAAAUGUGUCAACACCAAGUCAAUUGUCCAUGGUAGAGCCGUGGCUGCAGACAAUGGUGAGCCAAUGAGGUUUGGCCACAUCUUUAUGAAUGGUGUAAGGAUUAGUCGUACAGGCUACAAAGGUACCUUCACCAUCCAUGUUCCUCCUGAAACAGAGAGGUUAGUCCUGACUUUAGUGGACAACAUGGGUAAAUUCAUUAACACAACAAAGGUGCUUCCAUUCAAUGCCAAAGGAGGUGCUGUUUACCAUGAAAUUAAACUUCUAAGAAAGAAAGAACCCAUCACUAUUAGUUCUUCAGAAAACAACAUUCUUGACCUUGGGGAAGUAGAAGGCCAGGAGCCAAUGGCUCACAUUCAGAUUCCCCCCAAUUCCUUCUAUAAGGAGAACGGAGAAGUGUUUGUGGGUGACGUCAAUGCUAGUGUAACAUUUCUUGAUCCCAGAGACGUUUCUACAGCAGCUGCGGCCCAGAGUGAUCUCAACUUUGUCGGGAAUGAAGGCGAUACCUUGCCACUAAGAACUUAUGGGAUGUUUUCAGUGGACUUCAGAGGUGGAGAAACCAAUGAGCCCUUGAAUGCAGGUGAAGUGAAGGUGUUCCUGGAUUCUGCUCAGGUGACGAUGCCUGAACACCUUGGUAUCAUGAAACUGUGGUCACUCAACCCUGAUACAGGCCUGUGGGAGGAAGAGGGAAGUCUGAUGGUAGAAAAGAAAUCAAGAGGGAAAAGGGAGGAAAGAACCUUUCUUGUUGGUAACAUGGAGAUCAGAGAACGGCGACUUUUCAACCUAGAUGUCCCAGAGAACCGCAGAUGUUAUGUGAAAGUGAGGGCCUUCCGCAGUGAACGUUUCAUGCCAAGUGAACAGGUUGAGGGAGUUGUAGUGAGUCUCAUAAACAUGGAGCCCACAGCUGGCUACUCCACUAACCCUCGGGCCUGGGGACGUUUCGAUAGUGUCAUCACAGGCCCUAAUGGCGCUUGUCUUCCUGCUUUCUGCGAUGAGCAAAAGGCAGAUGCCUACUCUGCCUAUGUCCUGGCCAACCUUGGAGGUGAGGAACUAGAGGCCGUCCCAUCUGCCCCAAAACUCAUUCCAAAUGCUAUUGGGGUGCCUCAGCCAUAUCUGGGCAGGCUAAACUACAGGCGCACGGACCAUGAAAACCCCAGACUCAAGAAGACAGCAUUCAGCAUCAAUGUGGCAAAACCGAGUCCAAACACAGCUGAAGAGGCAAACGGACCGGUGUAUGCAUUUGAAAAAUUGAAGGAAUGUGAGGAGGCACCCUUCAGUGCUGCACAUUUCCGGUUCUCACGAGUGGAAGGAGAUCGUUAUGACUACAACACGGUGCCAUUCAAUGAGGACGACCCUAUGAGCUGGACAGAGGACUAUCUCAGUUGGUGGCCUAAACCAAUGGAAUACCGUGCUUGCUUCAUCAAAGUAAAAAUCAACAGCCCACAUGAAAUUAAUGUGCGGUCCCAUAACAUGGGGGGCACCCACCCAAAGACAGUAGGCCAGCUGUAUGGUCUCCGAGACAUCCGUAGUAUCCGGGACAUGGACCAGACGGCAGUGUCGGCCGUGUGCCUGGAGUUCAAGUGCAGCGGCAUGUUGUAUGAUCAGGAACGCGUCGAUCGCACAUUGGUGAAGGUAAUCCCGCAGGGUAGCUGCAAAAGGGAUCAUGUCAACCCACUGCUCCAGGAGUAUCUGGUUAACCAUCUGCCAUUAGCAGUAAACAAUGACACAAAUGAGUUCAGGAUGCUUGCACCUCUUGAUCCUCUCGGGCAUAACUAUGGCAUAUAUACAGUAACUGAUCAGGAUCCACGCACAGCCAAAGAAAUUGCUCUCGGCCGCUGCUUUGAUGGCACCUCUGACGGCACUUCUCGUGUCAUGAAAAGCAACGAGGGUGUCGCGCUGACAUUCACUUGUGGCGAUCGCGAAGUUACCCGUCAAAGUGUCUUUCAGGCCCUGAAAAACUCACAAGGUCAGACAGUCACGAGUGUUGGGAGAAGCGAAGGCAGACAAAACCGGCGUCGGCAAAGGGCCAACGCCUCCCGCAACAGUCAAAGACGCAGUACCAGAGAUCCCAAAGGAAGAAGCAUGAAGGCCAGAAGCUAAAGCACAUCUCUGAAGGUCAAUAACAUACCACACGGGACUCUCCAGUGGGUGUUUCAAACAUUAAUCUUCAUUUGGUGCAAUUAUUUUAAUGUUAAAACCUUAAGACAUGACUAAAAGCUUUGAGACAAUUAUGUAAUUCAUUUUUAUAGUGUCCUUGUAUAUUCUCACUGUAUUUACUUGAAACUGUAAAUAGUAUAUUUAUUAAUAUCAAGAUACUAGAUUUGAUGGUCUAUGGAUUCAAACAAGACAACUUAGUUUUGACCAGCAAUUUAUUAAAUUAGAUGUUUAUAAAACACUGCAGCGAUCUUUGCCAACGCCCAAGCCAAUUUCCUAUACAACAAUGAAACUGGUCAAGUUCUAGAAAAAGGAGAAAUUGCUUUCAAAUGACUAUAGCCCAUAUGAAGACAUGAUGGGGAGAAGCCCAUAAAGCCCCCAUUUCUCGUCACACUUGAUACAAGCCUGUAGAAGAGUGCAUUUAGCAAGUUACUCCAAUCUCUGCCCCUUCAUUUCCAAGCACUAGUAUAAAUGAACUUAGCAAAUUUUAUUUGUAAUGCAUUAAUAAACAACCUAAUAUUCUUGCCUCAGAUUGUUCAAGAUCCCAGAGACAUGAAUACUCCUUGUUUUUUGUCAAUAUUCAUUUGUCUUACCCUUCCCUUUAUCCUUUCAACCAACAGUGUGCUUUCUGUAAAAGUAAAUCCUCCUCCACUUACGUCAGUUUUUCCGCUGGAAUAAAACCUCUACAGUUAAAAA